UUUAAUGUUGAAACGACCGCGCACCUUAGAGACGAUUAUUAAUGGUGUAAGCGGCUGUGUAAAUUAUGCGACAGGUUUAUUGGAUUUAGUGCAGCUUCACAGACACCUGUGGUAAAUUUCCAGUGACAUCUUAGAUCAAAUAAAAGUGUGUAAUACCUGUGACAUACAAAGGUGUUCUGUUUUUCCAGUGCGUAUAUACUUCUAUAGAUAAAAUGUGAUAGCAGCAUAUCAUUUGCACACUAUAUUUGUUGCAGAUAGUAAGAAAUUCUUCCAUUAAUGAUAAAAAGAUGUGAAUCAUCCAAACAAAUGUACUUUAAGUAAUCAGGAUGGAGUAUAGAUAAUUGAGGAAUAAUGUAAAGCUUACAUUUGAAAUAUGUCAUGGUUUUUAGAAAGUAUGGAUUUUCCAAAAGCAGAUUAUGAAAGGAUUUUUACGUUUUUUCAUGUCGAUAUUUUUGCAAUGGCUGCGUAAACCUGGGCCUAAUACUACCAUAUUUGGGGUUUAAAUAGGGGAGCAACAAAUAUCUUGUAGAAAGAUUUGAAUGACGAGUUGUAAGUUUACAUUCUACAGAUUUCAUAGAUUUAUUCAUUAAUAUUUACACUCUUAUCAGUUAUUUGAAUAGUAUGGGUGUAUAAAACGUUUUUUAUUUGAAUUGGAGUAUGUUACUUUUGUGGUCUUUGGAGUUUGUACCAUAAAAUUAUCGUUAAAAAUUUAAGUGUUAGUAGGAAUAUAUAUGAUAUCGAUGUAGAUUGUUGACAGGAAAAUGAAGUUUCACAACAUACAUGGUACGGGUAUAACAUUAUCUGAUGCUAAGACCUCCGCUACAAGGUCCGAUUCCUAUUUUUGCAAUGGAAUUGUCUUUAGUGAUCAACCAAUCAAAGUUGGACAAAAAGUUGGUGUGGAAUUAACAUGCACAAGUAAUUGGAGUGGUGCACUCAGAAUCGGAUUCACAAUAAAUGAUCCUUCAAAAUUUGGGAAUCAGGAAUUACCAAAAUACGCACUACCACAUUUGGCAAAAAGAGAUGGUUACUGGGUGCGGCCUAUCAGUGAAAACUUGGCAACAGAUGGGUGUCAGCUAAUGUUUUAUGUUAGUAACAAUGGAAAUGUGCAGUUUUUUGUGAACAAUGAACACAAGGGGGCACUCUUUGUUGGACUUCCUGUUGACAGAGCAUUCUGGGUACUGUUUGAUAUAUAUGGAAACACCAAAGGCAUGAAGUUUAUUAAAUCAGACGAUGCACCAAAGGAGAUAAUGGCGAGGGGGCCAGAGGCUAUCAAAGCUUUUGAAUCAGCAUGUAUCUCUGGCAUGAAACCGGUCUAUAAAACACGACUUAUGCUUGUUGGACAGGAUAGGGCAGGAAAAACAAGUCUGAAGAAAGCAUUACUAGGGCAACAAAGUGUGAAAGGCAGCACAGAGGAGACACAAGGGAUAGAUUUAUCUACUUCCUGUACAUUCUGUGUUGGUAGCCAUGACAACUGGACUGAAGCUGGAACAAACACACAUGAUGUGACACAGGAUGAUAGCAACAAAGGCAUUAUGGGUGAUGUUGAAGGCUUAGAAGAGGAGUAUAACCAGGCAUUAGCCACCAAUAUUGUUCAGGAACUUUUAUAUCAGAAGAGACGUAAAACUUCUGUGUCACAGAAAUCAAAACCUGCAUCACGUGAGUCACAGAGAGGAUCUACAGCUGGUAGUAGAAAGAUUUCAAGUAAACCAUCUUCUGCAAGUAUUUCAGCCAAGUUCAGUGAGAUUCCGUCAGAAAUGUUUAAGGAAGUGCCAGAUUCUGUGGUUGAAUUAGUGCAAAAAAUGUUGGACAAUUCUUCUGUGGAAGUUAAAUCCCAGGACUCCGUUUCUUUGGCAACUAAGCCUGUAGAUGGAGCUAAAAUGGUGCUAAAUAUAUGGGAUUUUGCUGGAAAAGAAGUUUAUUAUGCGACACAUCAAAUUUUUUUGACUAGUCGGGCAUUAUAUGUUUUUGUGUUCAAUUUGACUAAUGACCUUGAUGAGGUGACCUCUGAAUCAGAGGAAGACUCUGAUAAACUUUCUACAUUAGAAUAUCUAGAUUUCUGGUUGAGAUCUAUAUAUGCUCAUGCCUCUACAACUAACAAGACUACAGAGUUAAACACAUAUUCUCCACCAGUGUUGAUUGUGGGGACUCAUAAAGAUUGUUUACAUUCUGAGACAGAUGCCAUAAACCAGACUGUUGAAGAAAAGUUUUCAUUAAUACAAGAGUUCCUGAUUGGUAAACCUUAUGUGAAACAUCUAGUCACCCCAUUUUUUGCCGUCAACAAUACACUGGACGAUACUGUGUUAGUGGAGUUGCGGAGGAAAAUAGAAGAGAUAUCUUGCCAAGAACCUUAUAUAGGAGAACGUAUGCCGAUACGAUGGAUGAAGUUUGAGCAGGAGAUAAAUACUCUAAAAACACAGGGGACACAUUACGCCUCUUAUGAUCAGGUGACGGAGGUAGCAGGACAUCUAGGUGUUACAGAUUAUAAAGAAGUUAUGACAAUGUUAGAGUUUUAUCAUGAUCUUGGAAGUAUAGUAUACUAUGGUAGUGGAAAAUCGGCUAUAGAUAAUCUGUUACGUAACACGGUCAUUCUUGAUCCACAGUGGCUGGUUGAUAUGUUUAAACAUGUGAUAUCCUCUGCAUGGAGACCAGAGGAUAAGUGGAAUUUAAUUCGUGACAAGUGGACUAGAUUAGAGGAGUUUGGUAUUUUAGAAGAAACUCUGCUUGAGACAUUGUGGCACGAGGCAUUGGAUCAGAAAAUGUUACUUCUAGGAUUGCUCGAGAAAUUUGAUCUGGUUUGCCAACGUCUUCCUAGUGUUGCGGAGUCCCAGGCUUCUGACUACAUGACAAAUAGAUGUUUUUACGUACCUGCACGGUUGUCACGGUACCACGGUUCAAAUAAACUUUACACAGUCGGAGAAAACGAUGUCACUUUCUACAUUAACUUCCAUGGAUUUCUACCAAGUGGCUUGUUCCAAAGAAUAUUAACUCGUACAACAAGAUGGAGCCAGGGUAUUGGCGGCCAAAAUCCAUACUUCCUGUACAAACAAGUUGUACGAUUCUUCCUGGACACGGAGCAUGAUUUUGUUCUAGAAAUGUCACCAAAGAAAUACAGUAGAAUUAAGGUGGUUAUUUUGAGAGUGUCGGAAUCAGAAACUACUCGAGUUGAGAAACAAACGCUUGCCAAGUUAUCAUCUCCUAAACCAGAAGCUUGUGCCAAAGUUCGGAAUUUUCUGGAGUCUAGUCUAUGUGAGUUACGCGAGAUGUGGAUGAAGAGAAUAUCGCACACUGUGUGUGUAAGUUGUCCUUGCGUGAGAGUGUGUGAGACCCACAAAACUGAAGGAUGUUCCCAGGAAUCUUGCCUCCAUUUCUUAAAUCUUGAUGAAUGUAUAGCAAAUAAGGUUGUUAUGUGUGACCAUAGAAGAAUCAAAACUGGAACUAUAAAGAAAUGCUUCCCGGAACCAUUGUCAUUAGGCUUUAAUGGUCCUGUCUUGCCAGCUGUGUCACUAACAGAUACCUGUGGUAACAUAGAGAAACAUUGUCCUACAUUGCCAAACUGGGUGAAAAGUGCUGCCAAACUUCUCAAUUCUGGGGAACCAGGAAAAGACUGGAACACUCUUGCUAAAGAAUUAGGUUACAAGCAGAAUCAGGUGAACAAGUUUAAUGAUGACCUUAAUCCUGGACUGGUUCUAUUAACUGACUGGAUUAUCAGCAGUGGUAACACUGGUUUAUCUGUAGAUAUGCUCACAGUCUACUUAGAGAAGAUAGACAGAGAUGAUGUUGUAGAUAUUAUACAAAAAGCUCAAGAUUUGGACCAUGAACCUGCCCAGAUAUUCAUCAGUUACCAGUGGGAUAGCCAGGAUGAGGUUAAGCAGCUAAGGGACCGGCUAGAACGCUCGGGUUUCACAUGUUGGAUGGAUAUAGGUCAACUUGGAGGAGGAGAUCAGCUUUACAACCGUAUAGAUGAAGCUGUCAGACAAUGCAGAGUUGUGAUAUCAUGUGUCAGUCCGAAAUAUGUGGUAUCAUCUCACUGUAUGAAGGAACUUAGUCUAGCUGACCUGCUCCGUAAACCAAUCAUCCCUGUCAUGAUAGAUAAAACUGUGUGGCCACCACCAGGGGGCAUGGCCCUCAUUUUUAGCCAGCUUGUCUACAUAAACUUAAAAGGUAUAGGAGGCCACGGAGGAACUGGAAUACAUGCAGAUAAGAACGACAAAUAUAAAGAGAUUGUACAGCGAAUCAGUCUACACGCUACCCCCGAUCUUUCACGAUGUACAGACACGGACACAGAAAUCGAGAGUAAAAGUCAGUAUUUAGACCACGAUAUCAUGAGUUCGAACUAUUCCGUUCUGGAUGGUGGUGAUCGAUAUAGUCUAGCAACGAGAAGCUCGUUAAAUUCAGCCUUCAACUUACGCAGAGUUUAUGGACAGGAUGUGGCUGAAACUGUGACUGUCCAGAGGGCAGCACCGAGACCGGUAGAAGAAGUUCAUGUACAUCAGUGUCGUGUUUGUACAAUAUUGUGAUAAAUAAUUACCAUUGUUAUAUAUUAGAUUAUUAAAUAUUUUAAAAUAUAAUAGUUUUAUAUAUCAAAGAAGCUUAUAGGCCAGUUUAUCUCAUGUAUCAUGUGUUUGAAGACAAUUUUAACCAUUAACUUGCUGACCAUUUCUUAAAUGGACUUGACCACCUUUUAUUUUUGGAACUGUCCAUAUUAAUUUGAAGGAUGUCAAGUUUGUCAGCCAAUAGAGUAGAGUCUGUCAUACUGCAUGGAUUUGCAGAUUGGCACGGCAGUUUAGUGGUGGCGAAGGCUGAUCAAUUUCGGUUCAAGGGUAGGUUUCGGAUUAAUAUGAUUAAAAAAAUUUCGUAUAAUUGUUGGUACUGUUGGGUUUCUUGUUGAUACCUCAUCAGGAUAUUGUUGUAUUCAAAAGGUUAAAGAGUAUCCUGAAUACUGUUAUAGUUCAAAAUGGAAUUGUUCAACAAGGAAGGGUGAAGUUGAAUGUUGUUACAUGUUAUUUUUUAAAGGGCAUUUUUAUAUUUCUUAAGAUAAACCUAGAUGUUUGAUAGUUUAUAAAUAUGAUAAGCUUGUUCAGAAUUGUUAUUAUUUUAUUUACGAUUAAGAUUUACAAAUGUUUUUUUUUUAUUUUUUAUGAAUGAUAAAUGAUUUUUGUUAAAUGUUUGCUUUAAGUAACAGGGUUACAUAUUUUUUUGACAAAAAAAAUUUUUUGCUAUUUUUUUAAAAUGAUAAGAUAUAUGAGCCGCGUCACAACAAAACCAACAUAGUGUGUUUACGACCAGCAUGGAUCCAGACCAGCCUGCGCAUCCACGCAGUCUGAUCAGGAUCCAUGCUGUCCGCAAAUGCACUAUGUUGGUUUUGUCGUGACGCGGCUCAUAUUCCAAAAUGUUUUAGUUGUUGUGGGUGAUGGAAUCUCUUUUACUAUACAGAUCUUAUCCCCUUCUUAUUUGAUAGUCAGUUCUGUUAAUGUUAUUAUUUAGUAUUUUUGUUUAUUUAUUUUGUAUUACUA